UCCCUCUGCUCCGGUAUCCGACUCCGGCUCUCUCUGCUCGAACACAGACUCCCACAAGCUGCCGGUGGCUCCGCGUCUGUCAGGCCCUGCUGUUGACCAUUUACGAGAAUGCCCACAAUAAAGCUGCAGAGCUCCGAUGGGGAGAUCUUCGAGGUGGAUGUGGAGAUCGCCAAACAGUCUGUGACCAUCAAGACCAUGUUGGAAGAUUUGGGAAUGGAUGAUGAAGGAGAUGAUGACCCAGUUCCCCUCCCCAAUGUAAACGCUGCCAUCCUUAAAAAGGUGAUUCAGUGGUGCACUCAUCACAAAGAUGACCCUCCUCCACCCGAGGACGAUGAGAACAAGGAGAAGAGGACGGAUGACAUUCCUGUGUGGGACCAGGAGUUCCUCAAAGUGGACCAGGGAACCUUGUUUGAACUCAUUCUGGCCGCCAACUAUUUGGACAUCAAAGGCCUGUUAGAUGUCACCUGCAAGACGGUGGCCAACAUGAUUAAAGGCAAAACCCCGGAGGAGAUCCGGAAGACUUUCAACAUCAAAAAUGAUUUCACAGAGGAGGAGGAAGCCCAGGUACGCAAAGAGAACCAGUGGUGUGAAGAGAAGUAAAAGGGGGAGAUCCUGCCAACACUACCACACUGAAUAGGAAUUGUCCCUGCUAACUGGUUGCACUGGUGUUGUUCAUACUUGUCAAUAUUUACAUUUAGUAUAUUUAGAGCCACACACGCCCACCCUUGCCCCUUUUAUUUCUCUAAACCCAUAGCAUGAUCAUUUUAACUUUGCCUGUGUAUUGUCAUUAUUUAAACAAAGAAGCUCUUUUGUUUCCACACACACACACACACACACACACAUGUAUUGUGUAUUCACAUAAAUAACUAGUCCUGGUUUCAUGGCUUUGGUAUAAGAUUAGAAGACGUUUUCCCUAUUAUUAAUCGCUAUGGUUGUCUUUUUUACUGGACAUGUUUGUUUUUCUUUUAGGUUAAUUGAUAAAAAAAUGAAAUGGCUUUUUUUUGACAAUGGAAAUAAAGGGUGAAUAUUUUAUUUUUUGCUCUGUGAAUGCAUCUGUUCUGUAAAGCCACGUUCAGAGAGGAUGGGGCCGUUUUUAAAGGAAACGUGAAGUUUGAGGGAGAAAGAUGCGUUUUUGUUUUGCGUAACGACUCGGAAGUACUUGUGUGUUGUCACACGGCGUAGAGUUACUCAUUCCUGAUUCACGUUGUUUUGAAUUGGAUACUUUUUUCUCAGAUAAAGCUCUGAUUCUGGCUUUUGGGAUGAUCAAAAAUGUAUUGAAGGAGUAAAUAAAACAUAUAA